GAAAAAGAGUUGGGUAGGCCGGUAGCUGUACCAGAGAUGUUCAAGGUUACUCACAUCAAGAAGAGUACGAACCCCACAGAAGAAGAAAGAUGGAUUGAGCCACGUGCUCAAGAGACAUAUGAUAGGUAUAUGCGAAUAUCUCAGGAAUAUAGUAGUACUCUACCUCUUGAGAGUCAGGACAGACCAUUUACACAAGAAGAAAACGAGAAUCUUUGGAAACAGAGUGCUGGUGAACCGAUUAGAGGUUCAAUCUACGGCUAUCCAGAAAAGGCGUAUCAGAAGAAGAAGUCUUGGUAUUGUGGUUCAUCAUCCUCAAGCUUUGAUGGUGGGGAUAGAGAGACAAUAUCUGCAAUGGAGAGUAAGAUAACUUAUCUCAAUGCCGAGCUUGCUACU